AAACUCGUAGGAACGUGCAAUGACAAUGACACGGUUAAUGGAGUUAAUUAGAAUAAUUAGAAUCCUGAACUAAGAUGUGCUGCCGAGACGCUCGCGGGCAUUUGCCGCAUCACGGGCAAUGACGUGGAUAUAGGUUAGGUUUCCUAGGUGGCGGCUUGCUGAGGAGGGUCCUUUAACGGAAAGUGCCUACUCUUUAUUUAUUGUAAAUAUGUUCGAGAUCACCGACACUCAAAAAAUUGGCGUAGGCCUCGCCGGGUUUGGAAUCUCGUUCCUUUUCCUCGGGGUUUUGCUGUUUUUCGACAAAGGUCUCUUGGCCAUCGGUAAUCUGCUGUUCAUCUCGGGUUUGGCAUGCGUCAUCGGACCUCGUAGAACCCUCAGUUUCUUCUUCCAAAGGCAUAAAGCAAAAGCCAGCGCUGCUUUCCUUGGCGGAGUCAUAGUAGUCCUCAUGGGCUGGCCACUGGUUGGCAUGAUCAUCGAGACUUACGGCUUUGUCCUCCUAUUCAGUGGGUUCCUGCCUGUAGCCAUAAACUUCCUAAGAAGGGUACCUAUCCUAGGAACGUUCUUGAACAUGCCCGGCAUCAGCCGGAUACUGGACAUGUUAGCAGACACAUCAUCGGAGGUUCAUAAAUAGAUGCACAGAUACUCGAGGGAGCCAGGUACUGCAGGAGUACUAGAUACAUGCAGACAUUCAUUAACAAGUCCCUUGGAAUAUUGGCACGAUGUCAUUUGCGUAAUACCUACCACAUGGUCGGCCACGACCUCUGGUCAGCAAUAGAUAACAGCUCGAGUGACAAUUACACAAACACGUGUGGAUGAUUGCGAUAUAUCUUUUUUUUAAUUAUGUAACGAAGGUACUCGUACGUUCCAAUAAUUGUAGCAUGUAGAGGGCAUCGAUUAAGCACAAGGGAGAUAAGGUUUUACGUCGGUUUUAUUGAGUUGCUGUUCGCUGCACAGAUCCUAACAUGAACAGAUCCGGUGCAUACACUCG